ACAGACUGAGGAAGAAAAAGAAGUAGCCAAACCAAUAGCCAUAGUUGGAGGUAUUGGAAGAGGUGAAAUAAACAAAGAAGAGAUGUCGACAACAACAAAUAAUUUAUUGAACGAACAAUUAUUUGUUUCUUCAUUUGUUAGAGCUAUAAUUAUACCGAACAGUCAAAAUACAGAAUGGACAGAUUUGAGAGAAUUUCGUGUAAAAGAAAUGAAUGAAAAUCGCCAAAGAGCCGCACAUAUGGAGAAUACAAUGCGUUGGUGGUUACUUUCGGCAGAACAAUGGCGUCAGAAAUGGCUAAAUGUUCGAAAUGAACGUAACAGAUUAAAGGAAGAGAAUGUUCGUUUAAAAAAAGAAUUGAUGGAAAUUAAAAAUAAAAUUAAAGAAACUUAA